GAAACUAAUUUGUUUAGCGCUAGUAGUAAACAAAGACGAGUCACCAUGACUGGUGGAAAUACCAGUGAAAAAGCGAGUAAUCCUCUGGAGCAGUUUGUACUGCUUGCAAAAACUGCCAAAGGCGCUGCUGCCAUAGAACUUAUAAGACAAGCUGUCGAAACUCCUGGUGUUCAUGUUUUUGGUGAACUGUUGGAUAUGCCAAACAUAAAAGAAUUGGAGAAUGGACCAUAUGUUCAAUAUUGGAAUACCUUGAAUUUAUUCGCAUACGGCACCUACAAGGAUUAUCUCGAAAAUAAAGAGAAAGUAUUAGAAUUAACUCCCAUUCAGAAAAAGAAGCUUCAACAUCUUACCAUUGUUACUCUUGCUACAAAAAACAAAUGUAUACCUUAUUCGGUGCUGUUGGAGGAAUUAGACAUAAAGAAUGUCAGAGAUCUGGAAGACUUAAUCAUUGAAGCCAUAUAUGCUGACAUAAUUCAUGGAAAACUAGAUCAGAAGAAUUCACAAUUGGAAGUAGAUUAUGCUGGUUUAGGACGGGACGUCAGACCUGGUGAUACUGGUGUAGUAGCAGAGACAUUAGCUGCUUGGGGCCAAGCAUGUGACACAGUUCUGUCAUGCAUUGAGGAACAAAUAUCUAAAGCCAAUAUUGAAAAACAGAAAGCUACUUUUCAUAAGGAAAGAAUACAAAGAGACAUUACUAACAUAAAGAAAUCUCUCGCCGCUCAAUCAGGAAGUGGAGGCCUUCAAGAAGCCGACAUGGUAGCUGGCGGUAGUUCAGGCUCAGGAGGAAGCGACUCAGGCAGAGAAGCUAUGCCGGUAUUGUCGGAAAAGAAGAAAUUACAAAAGGUCAAAUGUAUCAAAGUCGGCGGAAUGAUGUGAUGAUGAUUGGUGAAUGGAAUGAAUAUAAUAUUGAAACAAAUCUAUUAAUUAUAUGUUUUAAAAAAUAUAUAUGAAGUAUAUAAAGGAUCAGAGGAGAGCUGACACAUUUCUUGACAAGUAAAUAAAAUUAUAAAUAAAAUAUAUUUCUAAACAAAUAUCAACAUAAAUGUAAGCACAAACAACUGCAUUAAUAAGGAUAUAAAAAUUAGUAUCAAGAAAUGUUUGCGUUUAUGCUUAUUUGUUUAGAAAUACAUUUUAUUUAAGCAUCAAGAAUUGCGUUGGCUCGCUCCGAGCCUUGGAACUUUUAGUUCUCUUUAGUUUUUUUUUUUUUUAUUAAUUUAUAUUAUAUAACACAUGUGAGAUUGAUUGACUUGUACUACUGGAAAUUAUAUAAGUUGGUAGAAGACGUUUACAGAGCAAAAGAAUAGCAAAAUGUGAUGUUUGACAGUGUGACUUGCGUACAUAUAUAGCAUCAAACUGUACGUCUGAAGUAUAUAAAAAUACUCGAUUUUCUUCUUCUGUAAUAUUUAUAAAAUUAAUAUAUUUUAUAAAUUACCAUAUUAUAAAUAACAAGUGUUUGUUCUUUUGUAAAAGUGAUUUACUGACAGGUUUUGAUAUAAGAAGUUGGUUUUUAGAAGAAACCGCAGAAAAAUUUGUGUAUAAUAAAGUUUUAUGUUAAUAUCUAUAAAUGUUUAGUGAAAUAGAGAAGAAAGGAGUGGUGUAUACAUAUAUAUAAUAUAUAUUUCGUAUCUUUAUAUAUAAAUAUAUUGCGAUUGAUUUUAAAUAUCAAGAUUUGGUGUAGAAACGAAUUUUGAUACUGUUAAACAAAAUUUAGCAUUCACAUUGUUAAUUAUUUAGCGAUUGGAUUUAUAAGGAGCAAUAUAUAUAUGUUCGUUUAUGUACACGAGAUGUAUGUAGUGAGAUACAUGAUGAACAGUCCUUACAUCGAGCAUUUGAAAACAAUGGAUCUUUAUUUUUCAACAAAGAUAAUCUCGUAGAUAAGCUUGACUACACCCUUGUAAAUAAACGUGUUUAUUUAAUUUUUAAACCAAAGAUGUCAAGUUUUUGUGUUUGUAGGAUGUGAAGAAUUCAGUUGCGAUUUGAUUCUUCUCACUCUCACUCUCUAUCUCUCUCUUUUUCUGUCUCUCUCUCUGUUUCUCUCUCUUUCUCUCUUUCUGUCUCUCUCUCUCUCUCUCUCUCUCAGCAUGAGAAUUCGAUGAAUUAUGCACCGUAUAAUGCAUAUUUUAUUAAUUUAUACAUAAUUGUCACACAGUUAUAUAAAAAACAGUGAUCAUAUUGUGAUGAGUUAGUUAAACGCUCACGUGUAUUUCCACCGAAAAUACUGUUUGUAUUGUUUAUGUUCAGACAGAUUCUCUCGUAAGGUCUAGCCGCUAAAUAUUUUACUGACGCGACAAAAGAGUGUGACUAGUUGGAGAGAGAUGGUUUUUUCUUUUCGUUUUUUUUAAGAAAAACAUAUAUUGAAAAAAAAAAAAAAAAAAAUGAACUGUAAAAAAGGUACGCCACUGAUGUAGCUUAGCAAAGACAAAAUGUCAGUCGUCCGUUAAAGCGUUGUAAUUGCUAUUCGAAUAAAAAGAUAAUAUAUUUUAGCGUGGCUUUUUCUAUUUUUCCCUUGAUGCUUCUCUUUCCUCUUUACGUUCAUAAUACGUAAGUUGUUGAACAAAAAUAGAAGAAAUCUGAUAAAUUCGAUUUCAAGGCGUGCGAAUAAUAAGCGUGAAUAUCAUCAACUCUGUAGGACGACAAAAUUCCACGUUACUUUGGGAAUGUAUAUAAAAAAAAAUAAGAGAAACUCAUUAGAAAUUCAUUAAAAAACUAUUUGGUUUUUGUACAUUUUAGCUAAAGUUCCUGCACUCGCACGUAAUUACAUUUUAAAGGUUUUUUUAAAUUUACGAGUCUUCUUCACAUUAGUUCGAGCAUAUAUUUAAUGACCUAAUUCAGACUCACUUCCCGCGAUGUUUUCUCAAAAAAUUGUUCGCUAAUCAUGAAACAAACAAGCCGCGCAAACAAUCAAUUUUGCAAGUAAAUUUACAAUCGUACUAUCUUCGGUGUUUUGUUCUCUCUUCCAAUGUGUAUAUAUAGCCUGAAACACAAGUCAUGAAUCAUAUGCCUAAUCGGG